AUGAGUAUUUCUAGUAUCUUAAACAGUAUAUCUUCUGAUAGAAUUGACAAUGAAAGUAGUAGUAACAUAAUCAGUAGCAGUAAGCUUAGUGGUAAUGAUAAUAUCUAUAAUAGUGCUAUUGUUAGUAGCAGUGAGAACAGUAGCAUUAUUAUUAAUAGUCUUGAUAAUAGUUUUAAUAUUGGUAAUAGUAGCACGAGUGGUUUUGAUAAUAUCAAUAAUUCAAACGAAUAUUUGAUGGAGAUUGAUAAUUUAAUCAGACGUAAAGAUGGAAAAAUCCCAUUCCUUGACAUGGCUUUCAACCUUAUAUUCAAAAAAAGAAGAAAAAAGCCUGCAAUCAUUCAAAUCGAUAAUCUAGCAACGUCAAAAAAUGUUCACAAUGAUGAGAAUUGUGAUCGUAUUGAUCAAACAGAUAAUAACAUUAAAUAUACAGCAGAAGAUAUCUUUUAUGGUUCUGAUCUUACAGAGAUUGAAGAAUCGACUAAAAAAUCAAGAGGAAGAAAGAGAUCAUUUCCUAAAAAUGCCAAAACGUGUGAUAAUAAUAAUGAUGAUAAUAAUGAUGGUGACGAUAAUGGAGAUGAUAAGAUGCAAAAAAAUCAAAUUUAUAAGAAAAGAAAACUAAACGAAUCAGCACAAUCAUCAUCAUCACCACCAAUAAUAAAACAAAAAAGAAAAUAUAAUAAAGAACAUCCUAAUCUCACCAUCACUACAGUCACAACUGCUGCUACAACUACCGUAAUACCUCUUCCUACCACGCCAGAUAUGCCCGAUACAAUUGCCACUUCUACCUCAUCGCAAUCUGGUGGGAAAAAAAGUAUUUUCAAAUGUAGAGUUUUUGGAUGUGAAAAGUGA